UGUGUAUUGAAACGUGAAUGUAAACAGGAGCCGAGAGGGAAGCAGAUGUUUGUAGGGAUUAUGGCGUGUGGUUCAGUCUUUUUAUCCGGAAUGCAGAGACAUAUUCGAUUCUAGUCAGAACCUUUGGAGUCAUGUUAGCAGACAGGUGCCAUGAACAACCUCCUCCUCACUGGCAACAGGCGCCAUCUUCAUCAGUUCAACUUGAAGGUGGCGCUAGUGGUGGUGAUUAUAUUUGUGUUGCUGACCAUCAUAUCUUACGUCAAUGAGUUGGCAAAAGCUGGAUUACUGGAAAAAAGAUCCCAGCGCAAGCGUGUCAUGCAAACAUAUUCUAACAUCAGAGAUGAAAGUGCAGUAGAGGCUCUUGCAAACGCUUCCAAGGAUAUUGAUGACAGCAAAUAUCAAAUCCAUGAUAGAGAUUAUAACAAGAAUCCCAAAUCAAAAAAGAGAAAACAUGGCGCAAAUAUUGAAGAAUCUGAGAAAAAUGAAGAUGAGAUUGAUGGUGAUGGUGGAAAUCAUAGGGCCAAACGAGAUGCUCCACUCGAAUAUGGAUUUAGGGAACACUUACAAGGUGAUGGUAAUCACUUACAAGAAUUCAACAAGCAUGUGGAAUUAAGAGAAGCAAGGAAGUUUGUAGUCUUAGAAAGACUAGAAAAACAUCUUAACUCAAAACAUGCAGUGAAAUCCAAAACCACCCGAAAACCAGAGAAAUAUGGCUUCCCAAAAGAGCCCGGUGGUUCUAGAUCUGCAAGUGAAGUGGACCAAUAUUCAACUGCUGAGGAUCAGGAUAAAUAUGCAUCUGAGAAAGGCAUACCUUUUACUUCACCCGAGACUUCUAUUAAUAAUCAAUCAAACCAUCAUUUGGAUGCUAAUAUAACAGGCAUAUCAUCUAGAAGUGCCUUAAAUAUAUCUGUAGUGAUGGGACUUAACCAAACAAAUAGGGAUGAUCUUGAAGAAGCAGAGAUGAGAGAAAAUGAGAUUCAGGAGGAGAGCGAUAUUUCCACCAUUUUGUACAACAACACUAGUAUAGUUGAGCAGAGGGAAGAAGAUACUUUUUCUGAAAAAUUGGGAAAUUUUAGCAGAAAUCAAAAUUACCAGAAUAAUCUGGGCAGGACAGAUUUCAGAAAUCAUAAUCUACAGAGUACAUGGAAUGUUUCUGACGAUUUACUCAACCAAACUGAGAUCCUUGAGCCAAAGAAAACUCCAGGUUCAAGAAUGAAGUACAUGUACAAAGUUAAUCCAGCUGAAUUUGAAGGAAAUAUCACAUCUUUUUCUUCUUCUAGGAAUCCAUUGCUUCUAUUUCAAAAAUUUAUUCCAAGGGCAUCGAAAAAUGAGAAGUCUCCAGUUAAACAGAUACAAACUAAAGAGGUUUACAUUUUAUGAUGUAUUAAAUAUUUUUUUCCUAAAAAGAACACAUUAUGAGGAACAACUUGUAAAACUGUUUGACAAUAGACACAGACUUGAAAAUGUACUGUCUUUCCUUAAAAUGAAAUUCCUCUGAGAUGUGAAUGGGUAAAUUUAUUGGAUAAUUGACAUUUCAAAGUCAUGAAGUUCUAAUUGUGCAUUACUGUUAAACAUAUAUGCCACAAUUUUGCUCAAAGCAACUUCAUUCAACCAAAAUAAUUUCAAGAGGAUAUCCAUGCCCAGUCAUUAAAGGUGUCAGUAUGUGGGGGACGGCUUUUGAUUUUUAAAACCCAAGGUCAUAAGAUGCGAUUUGAACAUGAGUACAUUCAACAGUCUCUCUCGAGAGCAUGGGGAAUUUUACAUCAAAUGCAUUUUAUAAACUUUUUGACAAUUUUGAUACAAUAUAUAUGUAUGGUGAUGCAAUUUGGAGGAAGAACUGCAUAUUUACCAGUAUGUUUGAUACUAAUAGGUUUUUUUCUGUAAGAAUGAUAGGCUAGUUGGGAGUUAUAAGACCAGAGUAUUAGAGUGUACAAGAGAAUGCUGGGAAACAGCAUACUGAUGACUAAGGUUAAAUUCUAGGGUUGAGCGCUUAUGAAAAUUUCCUAUAGGUAAUACUAUAGGACCCUAUGGAACUCUAUUAAAGGAAUCCUUCAUAACUAUAGGAAUUGUACAGGACUCUAUCACCCCAUUUCCAUAGA